CUCUAUUUUGUGUCAAAACCCUCACGUCCUGAGUCUCACAAACACCAAAAUGGCGACUGCAGCGGCGGCAGCUCGAUCUGUUUUCCGAUCAACCACCGUCCGUCACGCGGCGGCGCGUAUAGCCUCCCAAUCCAAAUCUGCACGCUCCACCUUUCCUAUCCCUAAUCGGAAUUCCUUAUCUAAUCGCAUUUUCCGUUGUCCAGUGGAAAUGAGUGCUUGUUUGGAAUCACUGCAACCUUUUCACACUGCCACUGCUUCAUCCUUGAUGACCUCCAUGCUUACUCUUUCAAGAAAUGGUUAUGGUUGGCUCCCUGAAGCUUGCAACAAUGAUGCAUGAUAUCUGGAACUCGAGAAACGAUGUCGGAUGAACUCGGAUAAAGUUGGUUUUUUGGAUCAGGAAGAUAAGGUCUUGGUGGAUGAAUAUUGGUGUGAUUUGAUCUGCAAAGUGCACAAUUGUAUGCCAGUUUUAUCUUUUGUUUAAUGGCUGGCUUCAGGGCCUCUUGAAUCUUUGACCAUGGUUUGACUUUAUUUUUUCUUAACGGCAAUUUUUAUUAGAAAACCUAAAAACUA